AUUCAUAUGCUGAACCCACUAACUCCGAUAAUUCCGCUCAUUCAGAUAACCCCACUAAUAAUCGACGAUCUAUAAUUCAAAGUUCAGAUGCAACAAUCAUUCAAAGUCAUCAUAUUUCAAGUCCGAUUCAAAUUGAUGGUAAUGUUUAUUUAUUAGAAUCUCCUAUAGUUUAUAAACAUAAAAAAGUC